AACAAAAAAGGAACAAAACAAAACAAAACAAGCAAGCCAAACAAAACCAAACCAAAAACCAAACCAAACAAACAAAAAAAAACUUCACUCGGACCUGAAAGUGGCAGGAAAAGUGCCUGGCAAGUUGCAGGGAUGGAGCUACACAGCUUGCAAGAGGCGUUAAAAGUGGAAAUCCAAUGUCAUCAGAAACUAGUUGCACAGAUGAAGCAAGAUCCACAGAACGGGGAUCUUAAGAAACAAAUCCAUGAAAGGCAAUCAAGAAUAGCAGCUCUUAAUGAGAAACAAAAGCUGGCGGUGCGCAGCUGCCCCGCGGCCGUGCUGGUGGGCAGCGGCGCCAGCAGCAGCGCCAAGCCCGGCGGCGUCCCGGCGCUCCUCAAGGCACCCGGCGGCGGUGGCGGGAGCCCCAGCGGCAGCCCCGGGCAGAGCCUGGCUAUCUCCGUGCUGCCGGCCAAGGCUCCCAUCGCGAUGGUGACGGCGCACCUCAACGGCGGGCUGGGCUGCAGCGCCGCGACCGUAGAGCCCCCGCAGAGCUCCCCCAUCAACCUGCAGACCACAGCCAAGAUCGCGGGCUCCCGGCGGCCGCCCGAGCUCGGCUCCAACACCCAGACUUUGGGAACUAUCACUGCAGUGCCCAUUAAGGUUCCUCAGGUCAGCUCCUUGCAGAGGUUGGCAGGACAAGGACCAGCAGUGCUACCUCAGGUUAGGCCAAAGACCCUGAUUCCAGACAGCCUCCCUAUCUCCCCGUGCAGAGACCAACCUUCCAAGCAGCCUCCUACCUUCCAGAAGGCAACUGUAGUCAGCAUUAAAAACCCCAGUCCUGCCCUCCCGACUGCCAAUAACACUGUCAGCCAUGUACAGACGCCUAGCAGCCAGCCUCAAAGUGUCACCGACUCCACAGCUAUUUCAUCACCUCUGAGCAGCGCAGGUGUGGCGUACGCCAUCAUUUCCACCUCCCCCAACAAUGCAACUCCUAUCAGCACCAGCGCCGCUGUCUCCGUGGUCAAUGACAGCAUUAAAGUGCAACCACUCCUCAUUAGUGCCGACAGCAAGGUUAUCAUUAUUCAGCCUCAAGUCCAAACCCAGACAGAAAGUAAAGUGGAGACAAAGAAACCUCCUGAAGAGUCAGCUCAGGGACCUCCUGCUACCAAAAAGAAAAAGGAGGAAAAUCCAGAGAAAAUUGCCUUCAUGGUAGCAUUAGGACUGGUUACAACAGAACAUUUGGAAGAAAUCCAGAGCAAGCGUCAGGAAAGAAAGAGAAGAAGCACAGCAAACCCAGCCUAUAGUGGACUCCUGGAAACAGAGCGGAAACGCCUUGCAUCAAAUUAUUUGAAUAACCCCUUGUUCCUUUCAACAAGAGCAAAUGAGGAUCCAUUCUGGAAGAAUGAGAUCCACCAUGAUGAACACUGCACUGCUUGCAAGCGUGGCGUUAACUUGCAGCCCUGUGGUACGUGUCCCAGAGCAUAUCACCUCAACUGCUUGGAUCCACCCCUCAAAACUGCCCCCAAAGGGGUUUGGGUCUGUCCAAAGUGCCAACAGAAGGUGUUAAAGAAAGAUGAUAAUGUGCCAUGGACUGGAACUCUGGCUAUUGUUCACUCCUAUGUUACUCAUAAAACAGUCAAAGAGGAAGAGAAGCGAAAGUUAUUAAAGAGAAGCAGCGAGCUGAAGAGUGAGCAUAGACAGUUAGAAGAAAAAGAUCGACUUCUCAACAAUGCAGUGAAGAAAUGCUUAGAGCUAAAAACCAGCCUGUUGGCCCAGCAGAAAGGGACUCAGUCAUCACUGGAACGUCUCAAAACCCUCAUUAGACUGAUACAAAACGAGCAGAUGAUUCAGGUUACCAUGACGACCACCACCACCUCCUCCCUGCUAACUGUCCCCUGGAUCAAACCCUCCCCUGCCUCUGCUGCCAUGCACAAAGCCUUGCAGCAAUCGCAGGGUAACAACUGACAGCGUCGGCUGCGUGCGAAGGAAGGAACGGGGAAAAAACUUUAUCCACAAGCGCAGAGGAGAGGUUAACCUGAGACAAAGGAGGGAAGGAGCAAUCUUAAGCUUUGAUACUCAUAGAAACUUGCAAACCAAGCAGUCCAGUUUGUAGGUCACUGUGGCAGCAGGUUCCCACGGAGCGGGUGGUGCUGCGGUUUUGUAUUUGCCAAGACCUUCAGUGCUUAAGAGAUUUUUGUUGUUCUGUUCUGUUGGCCUUAAUGUAUUUAUGACUGAGGAUGAGCAGGAACAGUAUGGCUGGUGGGAAGCGGACUGUCCUCUUGCGGGGAGCAGACAGGUUUCCAGUUCUCCUUGAAAGGCGAAGGUGUUCAAUGCAAAGAGUUAGUGAGGUAGUAGAGAAGUAGUUUGGGCUGAAAGCUGUGCGUGGGAGGGAAAUUGGUGAGCUGACCAGAAACUGCUUAGGACUAGAGAUGAAUUCUGAUCAAAGUUGGCCCCGUUGAUUCAGGUGACCUGGAGAUGGGGCUGUCCUGACCCGUCACGGACACUCGCAGAGCCUUGAAAUAAAGAUC